AUGUCGAGUUGGGAGACGACAGCCCUUCGGCUGCAGGGCAAUGUGACCGCCGACUCAACACCAAGCUCCUUGGACAAGAGCCUACCUCUACUACCAAAGAGAAAUGCCAAAGCUAGGACAACUACAGGUGUGAAGGAGGUAUCUCCAGAAGAGAAAGGCUACAGGACGAAAGGAUGGAAACCGCUCUCGCUGUCAACUCCGAUAUUACUUGCCGUCAUCGCCCUUACGAUCCUUCUCGCCAUCGCCAUCGAGACACUGGCACAACGAAGUGCAGCUCAGGGCGGACUAGCCCUUUCACCCACCCUCCCCGACAUUCCUGGGUAUGCCAAAUUCAGUUACCUCUAUGUUCCGACCAUCAUUGCUGUGUUGUAUAGUCUAAUAUGGAGUUGGAUUGAUCUAGACGUCAAGCGGAUGCAACCUUGGUUUGAACUCUCAAAAGACACCGGCGCUACAGGCGGAGGCUCCCUCUUCUUGGACUAUCAAUAUGAAUUCGUGGCCCUUGUGCCUUUUAAGGCCGCAAAGAGCAGACAUUGGCCUUCUUUCUUUGCAGGAACAGCCAUGGUCAUUGUAUUUUGGGCUCUUACACCUUUGCAAAGCGCAGUGCUUGGAACAGACGUUGUGUCGCAAACCAAACCAGCCAACAUAUAUACUCGAUCUCGGCUCCUUCCUUUGUCCCAGCAGACGCCUCUCUUCAAUCCACAAAUACUCAACACAGCCUAUGCGAUUGGCUGGCUCAACCAAUCACUCCCUCGUUUCACGACAUCUCAAUAUGCAUUGCUCCCUUUCUAUGUGAACGACACUAGCACACCUUCCCAGAUCAACUCAAAUUGGACUACUGUCACCACGAGACUUUCAACCGAGCUAGACUGCUGGCCAGCUGAGGUGGGGCAAGAUGAAGGGGCACCAAAUUCAACUUUCUACUUCCUCAACGGUCAGGGUUGCAAAGGUAGCAUGAACUUUGGGGCGACAAGCAAAGUAUCGAUGCAAUAUAUUGGUUUCUAUGGAAGUCCAUAUUCCGACUAUGCUUUGAACAGUCCGAAGUGUCCGCCAACCAAAAACUCAACUCAUCAAUUCCUCGCGGCUUGGGUUAAGACUACGCCUGUUGAAGGACGUCUGCAACCGUCGUACAAUUUCACGGCGUUCUAUUGCCAACCUCAGUACUAUAAGCAGAGAGUAUUGGCAACAGUGUUAUCAAGUACUUUUGAGCCAAGGUUUGAGGCUCUCAGUCCUCGAGAAAUUCUACCCGCUUCUGAAUUUAACUCGACUGCCUUCGAAUUUCUCCUGGCGAACGGUGUUGAAGAAAACAUCGUAGUUAGGGAUUUUCCAUUUAACAGGGUUGUCGAGCAGACCCCUCGCCUCAAUAUCACUAAUCUCACUCACCCUGUUUCUAAUAUGAUUGGAUUUGCGAUGGCAGGCCACAGUAUUCCACUUGAUGACUACUCAUCGUUCAACACCUUUACGAAAGCACUCAACGACGCUCACCAAUACGUUUUCUCCGCUGCUAUAAGCAGCCUCUUGAUGAACGAGACUGGGGGGUUCAAUCGCACAGCAACGGUAGAGUUUCAUUUGACUGGUGUAGUGGUUAGCAGGACUUUUGCAAUCGCGGUUGAGGCUACCCUUCUCCUUGUGGCAUCUCUUACUUCUUUAACGCUGUGGUACUGUCGAAAAAUUCCAAGUAACCUACCAAUGAACCCCUCUUCGAUUAGGAGACAUAUCGACAUUUUUCGGAAUAACCCACACUUACUCAAAAUGUUCCAGCCAAUGGAUAGUUCCAACGACAAGGACCUUGCAGAGGAGUUCCAGUACGACCGAUUUCGAUUACUCUAUGAUCAUCAGGCAAAGUCCGCCAAGAUCUCCGUUGAAGAUAUGCCGUUCACUACGAAUGAGUCGAAGGAGAACACAGCCCCAAAAGGAUAUUACGAACCUGUCAAGCCUCUUGUCCUGCGCAAAGGCAUUGGCUUACUCUUUGUUGCUGUUCUUAUUGGUGCUAUAAUUGUGCUUUCUUACUUCAAGCAGCAAGAAAUGAGAUUAAAUGGACUACAUCGCCCGUCAGAGAACUUUGAAGUACUCCAACUUCUUGAAAAUUACAUCCCGACGGUUUUUGCGACUUUGAUCGAGCCUUUAUGGGUUCUCCUUACCCGACUUCUUUGCGUUUUACAGCCUUUUCGGGAUCUGUGGGCAGGAAAAGCAGAGCCGUCUCAUUCGAUCGAUGCUACUUACACUUCGAUACCACCGCAGCUUGUGUUUUGGAGGGCCAUCAAGUCGAAGCACUUUAUUCUUGCCUUAGUCUGCUCGAUGGCUUUCCUCGCCAAUCUCCUGGCAGUCGGCAUGGGUUCUUUGUUCAACGAGGCUCCAGCUACUGCACUAUAUCCCACGACCAUGCGUCCCGCAUAUGCAGCAAGAUUCGAUAACUCUUCAGUAUAUGACCUCGACUUAUUCCUCAGUCAGAAUCUCAUAUCCACCACUCAGUAUUCAGAUCAUCUGUAUAUCGCCUCCGCCAAUUUCAGUUCGGGAACUGCCCUUCCUCCAUGGGUUACUAAAGACUACUACUUCCAGCGCCAUAACUUUACCAGCAGCAACGAAGGCAACCCGGCCGAUACAUUCAGUCUCGAGGCGAGAGGUUUCGGGGUUAACGCGAAUUGCAGUGCAGUGCCUAAAUUUCAAAUUCCGGUUUUCAAGACAGCUGAAGAGUUCCCGGGUGGAGAAUCACUCAACAAGAGUUUUUGCCGGCGACAAGUCUUCAUAGAUAACGCCGCAAGAGAUAUACGGGAGAAUAUGGCCAACCGGACGCAAGGGCUGUCUUCCGCUCAGUUCUGUCAUACAUUGAUUUCUGGUAGCGGAUACACGCCUUGCGACAAAACCCUCACCCUUGGGUGGGCACGCACUGCUAACGCUGAGAACAUUAAUGGUACUAUGCAUACCAGCAUGUUGGUAUGUUAUCCAGUCUUCGAGACAGCGAUGUUCAACGUCACAAUCGAUCGAUCAGGCAACGUCCUAUCAUACAACAAGACUACCAGAGUAGAAGGGGAGUUGAACUACGACGAAUCGCGAGACCACACUGACAGGAUCUUCGAAACCUAUAAUCGUCAAUGGAACACAUUCAAUACCUUGUGGCAGAAUGACACUGUUGCACGGGAUUGGUUCAAUUACUUAAUCGUUGUUCUCAAUGGAUCAAGAUCAGCCAUCGAUCCUGAACAGCCAGUUCCGAACCCCGAGGCUUUACGCCCGAUCGCCAACGAGAUCUACCGUCGACUGUAUCCGAUUUUCUUGAGCCUCAACGAGCAUCUCUUUGUAUCGAAUGGGAAAGAGACGUCUAUUACUGUCUUUCGUUCGACGGAAGAAACUAGAAUCUUUAUGGAGAAUGCAUCAUUCAUAAUUACGAUGGCAGUGCUUGCUCUCAACACAGUCGUUGCCAUCGUCUUCUAUAGCCGCUCUGUUGCGUUUGUGCUCCCGCGUAUGCCAACCACCGUGGGUUCAAUAUUGGCUUAUGUUGCCCCGAGCAGGCUAGCAAGUCAAGUAUUCUUAAAUGCACCGGGCCAGGCGAGCCGAACUCUGAGUUUUGGGCGAUAUAUUGGAGUUGAUGGCUCUGUUCACUUAGGUAUCGAAAGCGAUCCUCACGUUGUGCAUGUAAGUCCAUCGUCUCUGGAGAGUGGAGAGGGGUUCUUUGGCCGGAUGCGGAAGAAGCUGUGGCGCAGGAAAAAUGAUUCAAAUCAGAAUGGGACGUGGAUAUAG